UCAUGCUGAGUUUAAUAAACGAAUCCUAGAUUCUUUUUCAAACACAAACCAGCAGCAACGGUGGUAACUGUCAGAUAUAAUGCAGACCAUCAGCUGUAUUCAACAGGCCAUUUCUGGUCUCGAUCAGCACACGCUGAAAGUCUGUGCAGUCUCCUCUGUUGGAAUUGGAAGUCUUUUAUGCUACCUAGCAUGGAGAAAAACACCUAAAAAGAUUCCAGUUGGAGAUGGUUGGUGGACAGUAGGAGAGAAGCCCCUAGUAGAGGAUACAACAAUACGUCCUUUUGUUGUGGAGAACUCGGAACAAAUGCUACAGGAUCUGUACCACCGCAUUGACCAGACCAGAUACACUGAAAGUCUGGAGGAUUCCAGAUUUCACUAUGGCUUCAACUCAGCUUAUCUCAAAAAGGUAGCCCUAUACUGGAGGCAUGAAUUUAAAUGGGAGAAACAGGUUAAGGUGCUCAAUAAAUACCCUCACUUCAAAACUAACAUUGAGGGUUUGGAUGUGCAUUUUAUUCAUGUGAAGCCCACCCCGCGUGCUGGGCAGAAGGUCCUUCCUCUUAUGAUGGUACAUGGCUGGCCUGGUUCCUUCUUUGAGUUCUACAAGAUCCUACCCCUACUCACAGAGACUGAGGAUGACAUUGUCUUUGAGGUCAUCUGUCCCUCCAUCCCAGGCUACGGUUACUCUGAAGCCCCUCAGAAACAGGGAUUUAUUACUGUGGAUGCUGCUCGUAUUUUCCAUAAGCUGAUGGAGAGACUGGGCUUCAGUGAGUAUUACCUGCAAGGGGGAGACUGGGGAGCUUUCAUCACAGUCAACAUGGCCCAGAUGAAACCUGAGUGUGUGACAGGGUUGCAUGUGAACAUGAUCACCGCCAGGGCAGGCAGCACUGUAACCAUCCUGUCGCUCACCAUUGGCCGUUACCUGCCUUUCCUGGUGGGCUUCACCAGAGAAGAUGUGCGCCGCAUGUUUCCCUACAUGCAAAAGAAUGUGUACGAACUGUUAAAAGAAAGCGGUUACAUGCACAUCCAAGCCACCAAACCAGAUACUGCAGGCUGUGCAGUAAAUAACUCCCCAGUUGGUCUUGCUGCCUAUAUUUUGGAGAAGUUCAGCACCUGGGUAGAUUUCAAGAACAGGGACCUACAGGACGGAGGAUUAGAGAGUACGUUCAGCCUGGAUGAUCUCCUCACCAACAUCAUGAUCUACUGGACCACAGGCUCAAUCACCUCAUCAAUGCGCUUCUACAAGGAGAAUAUGGGCAAAAACUUUCACAGCAGAGUAGAUAACAUAACAAAGGUGUAUGUGCCUACUGGACUGGCAGCAUUUCCACAUGAACUCAUGCACUGUCCAUGGACCUGGGCUCGAGCAAGGUUCACAGAUAUUCGCUCCUAUACCUACAUGCCCAGAGGGGGGCACUUUGCAGCUUUCGAAGAGCCUGAACUGCUUGCCCAAGACUUGAAGCAGUUUGUGAAGAAAGUGGAAAACAAGAAGGCCAGAUAAACUAACAACACACUUGCUUUAUGUAAUCACUUCAUCAGUCUUUAAAAUAAAUAUACAAAACAA